AUGUUGCCCGUAGUUGCUCUUAUUACUUGUCUUAUUAAUGCUAUUGUAAUAUCUGGUUCACCACCGAUAGUUUUAUGGCAUGGCAUGGGCGAUAGUUGUUGUAAUCCAUUAAGUCUUGGUUCAUUAAUUAAAUUCAUAAAAACUCAAUUACCUGAUUCGUAUAUUCUUUCACUACGUAUCGGAUCGAAUAUUGUUGAAGAUACAUCCAAUGGUUUUUUUAUGAAUGCUAAUCAUCAAAUUGAUUAUGCUUGCAAAUUAUUAAAUGCUGACACAAAUCUUUCACAAGGGUAUCAUGCUAUUGGGUUUUCUCAGGGUGGACAAUUUUUACGUGCUGUAGCCCAACGAUGUCCUAGUCCGCCGAUGCUUAAUUUAAUUUCUGUAGGCGGUCAACAUCAAGGUGUUUUCGGAUUUCCUCGAUGCCCUGGUGAUAAUGAAACUAUAUGUAAUUAUAUUCGUGAUUUACUGCAUCUUGGUGCUUACGAAUCGUUUGUACAAAAUCAUCUUGUUCAAGCUGAAUAUUGGCAUGAUCCUCACAAAGAAAAUACUUAUCGUCAAGCAAGCAUUUUCUUAGCUGACAUUAAUCAAGAACGAACAUUUAAUGAAGCAUAUAAAACAAAUCUAUUGAAAAUUCGUAAUUUAAUUCUUGUGAAAUUCUUACGCGAUGGAAUGGUAACGCCAUCUGAAAGUGAACAUUUCGGUUUCUAUGAAGAAAAUAAUACAACGAAAAUAAUUCCAUUACGGGAAAGUUCACUGUAUUUAAAGGAUUUAUUAGGUUUAAAAACAAUGGAUGAACAAUCACGUAUUAAAUUUCUCGAAUCAGAUACUGAUCAUUUACAAUUUACUGAUCAAUGGUUUAUUGACAAUAUAAUUCCAUAUCUCAAAGACUAA